AUGGAUGUGUUAAGGAAGAGUUACCAACAACUUGAUGAGAAUGAGAGGGAAAAGAAAACCUCAGAUCGAAUCAUAUUGGGUAGACAGAUCCUAAUUUCGAGUAGUGUUUGGUCCAGUUUUUUCAUGUUUGGUCUUUGUAUGGGAACACCAACUAUAUACAUAAGCCAAACGAGACAAGAAGCUAACUCCACAGAGGUCCUUUCUAAUGAGAUGACUUCAUGGAUAAGCUCUGCUUACAACUACAGCGCGAUACCAAAUCUGUUUAUCGUAGCUAUCCUUUCAAGAUAUAUCGGAAGGAAGAAAACCUUUCUAUUCGCAUGCUUAACAUCAGCCGUUGGAUUCAUCACUUUAUACUUAAGCACAUCAGUAAUCCAAGUCAUUAUUGGUGAAAUAAUCCAAGGUACACUAAUAGCAUGUGAUGGUAUGAUAUGCGUUAUGGUGUUAACUGAAUACACGUCACCACGAUACCGAGGGUUCUUCUUAACAUUCAAGUCAGCAACUUUUGGCUGGGGUAUGCUGGUAGCCAACACCAUGGGCACUUUCCUCCAUUGGAAAUCGAUAACUGUACUAGGUUUGACGUGUGCCUCUUAUGCCUUUCUAACUUGCUUAUUCUGGCCAGAAUCGCCCUAUUGGCUGGCAAGUAAAGAAAAAUAUGACGAAUGUACCAAAUCACAUCGUUGGUUAAAAGGAAAUCAAGAGGAGUCAAUAAACGAGUUGAACUCCCUCUUGAAAACCCACAAGGAGUACAGUCUAAUCAAACAAGAAAAGAGUCAAAACAGAACAAAGAAGACACUAACGGCUUUGUUUUCAAAAACAUUCUAUAAACCCUUCGGAUGUACAAUGUUGAUGUUAUUUUUGUAUUACUUUUCUGGAAAAAUGGCGUGUAAUGUUUACGCUUUGCAGUUGAUUAAGGGUGUAACUAAAAGCGACUCGACAGCGUACACAGGGAUGUUAGUUAUAGAUGCCGUCACGGUCUUCAGCAUGUACUUCACCAGUAUAGUAGUUAGGUUUUACAAACGAAAGAUGCUAUUCAUAACGACAUCUUUAAUCGGCAUAAUGUUUUUGUUGUCUAUGUCUCUUUACUUGUACUUAUGCCAUCUAGAUUUAUUUGAAAUAAAUAACUUUAUCUUUCUGGGACUUCUAACGUUAUAUAUGGUUGUGAUUAGUAGUGGUCCGAUAACGAUUAGUCCUUCAAUAAUAGCAGAACUAUGUCCCCUGAAAUAUCGGGGUCUUUUUAUGUUGCUAAUGGAAUUGGUGGAUAAUAUAAUAAUGGGUACAGUAGUUAAAAUAUUACCGUUUCUAUUGAGUGCCAUAGGUGCUCAUGGCACCUUUUUCUUCUACGGAGGCUCGUCGCUUUUCCUAACAUUACUUAUUUUCUAUUUUAUCCCUGAAACAAAAGAUAAAACAAUUAUAGAAAUUGACGCGCUUAUGAGCUGA